AGCGAGCCCGGCGGCCGGGCAGACCCCCGAGGGAGCGGAGGACGCGGUCAUGUCUCGCUACACGAGGCCCCCCAACACCUCCCUGUUCGUCAGGAACGUCGCGGACGCCACCAGAAAAUCUAAAGCAGUCCACAGUAGCUGGCAAGCGCCCCUCAGUUUGAACCAACCUGUUAGCUAGAAUCCAAGCAUAAACCGAGCAGGCAAGACAAAAGGCACCUAAAGCUCAAGCGUCAAGGAGUAAAGAGGGAGGGUGGACACAGAUGUAAAGACUUGGAAGAGGGGAAGUCCUUACCAAGCAGAGGACGGAGCCAACACCAGGUUGAGACUUCGGCUUUCCUAUUUACUCAGAGUUCCAGGAUCAAAGCCAAGUCUGAUUUUGUUGGUUCUGCGUCUCUUAUAAAGUCCAUCUUGCAAGCCCUAAAGAAUAAAGGUCAAGGUUCAAGAUCAAGUGACACUGAGUGUCCUUAACAGCUAGUCAUAUUUGAAGAUGUUCGUGAUGCUGAAGACGCGCUUUAUAACCUCAAUAGAAAGUGGGUAUGUGGCCGUCAGAUUGAAAUACAGUUUGCACAAGGUGAUCGCAAAACACCAGGGCAGAUGAAAUCAAAAGAACGUCACCCUUGUUCUCCAAGUGAUCAUAGGAGAUCAAGAAGCCCUAGCCAAAGAAGAACCCGAAGUAGAAGUUCCUCAUGGGGAAGAAAUAGGCGACGGUCGGAUAGCCUUAAAGAGUCUCGACACAGGCGAUUUUCUUACAGCCAGUCUAAAUCUCGCUCCAAAUCACUACCCAGGCGGUCUACCUCAGCACGGCAGUCAAGAACUCCAAGAAGGAAUUCUGGUUCUAGAGAACGGUCAAGGUCCAAGUCCUUGCAGAAAAGGUCCAAGUCAAUAGGAAAAUCACAGUCAAGCUCACCUCAGAAGCAGACUAGCUCAGGAACAAAAUCAAGAUCACAUGGAAGACAUUCUGACUCCAUAGCAAGAUCCCCAUGUAAAUCUCCCAAAGUGUAUACCAAUUCUGAAACAAAAGCACAGACAGCGAAACACUCUCACUUUGGGUCACAUUCCAGGUCGCGGAGUUAUCGUCAUAAAAACAGCUGGUGAGCAGCGACAGAAGAGUGCUCCGUGGUUUUAAUACAGGCAUUAAACUUCUCAUUGUGUUGAAUAAAAAUUAUUGAAGGCUUACAGAAAAUGUGAGUUGAUAUUAGUUACUUUGGGCAUGUAUAAGAAAUAAAGGCUCUCUCACUUGGGUUAAUGAAGAUUUGGUCUCAGUGUAAGGGCCCACACCACAAAUAUGAUGUGAGUGGUGUCCCAUUUUAUGGAGCCUUUUUUGCUUACAUCGUGGCAGAAGAGUACUUUUUAGAGGAAAUGUAUAAAGUGGAACUAAAUUAGAAAAUUUGAUUUGGAUAUUAAGUAUUAGCAGUAAGUAAAAAAAUAUUUUUUACUUUAUAAAGCACUUUACUUUCAUUAAAAGUAAUGACUGUAUAAUUGCAUAAGGCAAACUUAAGACUGUUUGACACUGUAUGUCUCCUUUGUGUUUUCUCUUUAAACUUGGGCCAAUUCCUGAUGGUAUUAGUUCUGUAUCAUAAAAUACUGACAUUUCUAAAAGUAGAGUUUAUGUAGAGAUCAAGCAUUCAAAAGAAAUUCUUUCCUAAGCUCAAAAAAGGUUCCUGAGUGGAACAGUAUAGAUAAAUUGAUAUUAAGUUGUAUCUGUAUCAUGUUCAUUCCUGUCAGAAAUAUCAAAACAUUUUAAAAAUACUGCAUUUUGAACGGUUUGAGACUGCUAUAAAAAUGUGCAACACUCAUAGUCCAAAAAUAUUCAUAUCAAGCCUUAUACAUAUGAAGAUGGUACAUUUUGUAUAAAAUCACAUUUUAUACCGUUAAUUCUACAUACCUACUUUUCAUCUGUUACUUAGUGGUUUCUUUUUAGAGCUUUUGUUCAAGACUUUAAAUGGCAUAGAAUAAGUUUUGUUUAUUUUUGAAAAUGUUUAGUACCUUGUAUUAAACUCAAGACUGCAUUCUCAGAAAACAGCUUCGCAGUACUGGGAUUUACACUACACUGCCCUUCAUUUUUUAAAGCCAAAUAGCUUUAUUGAUAUUCUUUUGUAGUUGUUAAAACAGAAUUUCUUUAAAAAUGUGUUUGUAGUUUACGUUUUUCAGAGGGUUUGGUAGUAUUUGUGAUAAAAUGGUUUUGCAUAUGGUUAUUAUAGGGGAUAUAUUUAUAGAGCUUUACUGUGUACCUUGUUGAAUUAUAUUGAAAUUAAAAGUUCUCAGCCCAUAUAGUUAAUAUUUGUAUCUAGAAUGCUUAAGAAAAAAAAUCUGUCUUAUAUUUUUAGCUUAUAGGAGCCAGUGUUUCUUCUGUUUGUUUUGAAUACAAAUUCCUUUUUUUUUUUUUUUUUUUUGCAUUUUACAUCCUUGUGUGUAAGAAAUAGCUUUACAAAAUAAUUUAUAUGCUGGUGGUAAUUGGAUAAGUACCAUAAAUUCGUGCAUUCUGUACUUUCUGAAUAGAUUUUCUCUAUUUAAUCAUAGCAAGAUUUAUUUCAAAACUACAGCUCUUUGAAGUGUUCAGAUGUCAUAAAAUUUAGUUAUAAAAUUAUGUGGCACUACUGAAAAUUGAAAGGAUAGUCUGAAGAAAGAGCAAGACAAACAGUAAUUUUUUGUAUUUUCUAAAUAAAUGUUUUGGUUUAUGUA